GUAUCUUCAAGUAUCGUCAUCGUCGUACUUGCAAUUUCAGAUGACUCGGCUGACACUCAACUUUUCGCUCUGGAUUGCAACGACCGGAAAAGAGGCAGGUAAAUGUGCUGGAUUGAUUUGUGCCAAGCCUAAAGUAUCCCCUUUUCGGCUUUUCCGCUCUCCUUAUCGUUCCUGGUUCUCCAGACUCCCAAUCGGUGGAGGCACUUGGGUUGCGUGUUAGUUAUGGGUGACCUCUCAACCACACGAGUCGAGUUUUGAUAUCACGACGUGCCCAUUAAUGCUCCUUGAAGAUACCUCCUUUAACUCCUUUGAGUCCUUCCUUCUCAUUCCUUUCUCCUCCCUGUGGCCAUCUCCUCGCCAACUUGCUUCCUUAGCUCUACCCUACCUACUCGUCUUGCGCACGGCCACCAGUGCACCGCAGCUUUCAAGAUGAAGACCUUCAUCCUAUUCUCCCUUUUGUCUAUCGCACGCCAGGCUGCGUCUAGCCCGACGCCGUGGAUGGAGUACGAUCCAGACACCGCCAAAGACUGCGUCGAAUGGCACAACAACCUCAUCGACGAGCCCGAGCCGUACAUUGGCGAUAGCUCCUGUAAGGCGGUGCGGGAUUACUAUGGCAUCACGCCCGAGGAGUUCCACAAAUGGAACCCUUCAGUCGGACUCGACUGCCAGCCGUGGUACGACGAGACUUCGUACUGCAUCGUCACCCUAGAAAGACUCAACGACACGGGCAAACUGACGACGACAAGCUCAUCCUCCACGGCCACGGCCACCACCACCACCACCAGCGCAUUCACCCUGGGCCCCUCUCCCACCUCUUGGGCCGCCAGGGGCUGCUACGUCGAGGACCCCAAGCUCCACGUUCUCGAGCAGAACAUGAGCCCGGCCGCAGGAGAUGCCUCUCUGACCAUCCCCAAAUGCAAAAACAGUUGCUACCGCCGCGCUUACACCUUUGCCGGCCUGCAGGAGGGCAACCAGUGCUGGUGCGGCAGCUACGUCGGCGGAGAGUGGACGAGCAACCAGACCGAUUGCAACGUCCCUUGCACCGGCGAUAAGAACUCCUUCUGUGGCGGAAAGGGACUUCUCAACAUCUUUGAGGCCCUGGCGAAUGAAGCGCCGCCCACCUUCGACACUACCAGCAGCAGCAGCAGCAGCAGCAGCAGCACUACUACCUCUGGUACCGUUUCGGGUGCUACCUUUAGUUCCGGGGCCAUGAAAAACAUGGCUUUGUUCUGAAGGAUACAUAUGUGCCUUUACCUGUACUAAAUCACAUGCGGAUACCUUAGUAAUGAGUUACUUUUCUGUUUUCUUGUCUUGAUGGACUGGAUCUGAACAUGUACCUCUUUUAGAAGAGAAAAAAAAAAAAAAACAGUUUUUGACGGAUCGCACCCUAGGGCUUCUCCAAUGUGCAGCGAACUGGCACAAGAAAGCCACCUCUUCAUAAUAGCUCCAAUCCAAUAACUCUUCUGUCAUUCUGUUGU